AUGUACAUAUUCAGAAUACGAGAACUGAGCGAUCACUCAGGGACGGAAGAUGAGAAAAUCGGUGGAGAGGAUAAAUUCAAUUUUGCGGAAGCAGCAAUACUUAUUCAGGGUUCAACGAUGGUAUAUGGUAAGAAGGUUGAGUAUGUUCACGGACUUGCACGAGAUUUCUACGAGCAACUCCGUGAUAAGAAGGCAUCCCGGAAAAGGAAUUCAGAUAAUAUGGAACACGUCGAAGACGACGUGGAUGAAUUUAGCCAAGAACCGGAUGAUCCUUGUGAGCUUAUUCAAUUCACAAAUCUUCGAACUGUCGAUUGGAAGACACUAAUGUUGAAGAGUGAGGCAAAACCUCCUCCCUUACUUCCACAGGUGCCGAUCUCAUUAAUGCCGCUUGCUGAUUUCGAGAAAACUAACGUGCCUCUUUACUCAUCCCGAAACCUCAAAGAACUGAUCGGAAAAAAAGAUGACUUCAUUAUCAACACUGGUUUCAUCCAUAAAAGCGGUGCUCUCCUGCUUGAUUUGGUUAAUGCAAAUCUCUUGGAUGACUUUGUGAUAGGGGAGCAAAGUUGUGACGAUUUCGGCUUUACUGAUGUACUGAUGACACCGGGUGAUGAACAGUUAGAUGUAGUUGGUAACGAGCACAUUCGUAGCUCUACUAGUGAGGUGGAGAAAGUCCGUCAUGUGACAUCUGCUACCAAUUUGAAUACGAUAACACGCCGUGAUACGAGUCACGUAGAGCUUAUUAGUGAUAUUGCUGUUGGUGUGGACAUGAUGAAGGAUGGUGCUAACAGGAAUUGUGUGCAGGAAGAAGACAAUGAAAUUGACGAUUUCGGAUUUAAUGGGCCGGCAUUUGACGAUGCUGAGGAUGGCAAGGAUGGCGGUCAUCAUCCGGCUGAUGAAGAAGUAUUCGAUGGUGCAGAUGAAGACGAGCCUGUUAUGGAUCUAUUCCGAUUACAGAAAUGCAAGCAUGCACCUUAUCGGGCCUGCAAACCUUCUUUUGUACCAGAACAAGUUGAAAAACGCCGAUUAAAAAAGAGGGAAAAGUUAGGGUUGAAAACCUUUUCCACUCUUAAUUAUUUCCUUCAACGGCAUGUUUAUCAUUCGUUACCGAAAAAAACUGGGCAUAUCCUAGACGAUGACUUCUCAAUUAUUUUCGGAAAACUUAUCCGAAAUCUGGAAAGGCAACGGAUGAAUAUAAUUAGGGAACGCGCUUUGCAAAAUGUCGGAUUAUAUCAGCAAUCAGGUGAUAUCCAGUCAGAUGAAAGUGAAAUAGAUGAAGAUGAAUAUGAAGCCGCUAACAAUGGUCAUUCUGACGACGAAAUCGAGGAUGCUCCUGAUGUGACCGGUGACGGUAAUCUGACUUUCGCUAAUAUGCCCAACGAUGACUUGGAAGAUAGAGUUCACAUUUCCUCGAUGUAUAUGAAUUUUGACAGUCCGGAUCUUCAUUUGAAACCUCCAGAACAGAUGACUUAUCAGGAUUUGCUGAAGGUUCAUUUACAAAAAUAUUGGUCAUCAGCAGAAGAAACUACAUCGAAAUUGUGCAAGCGCGUCCAACAGUGGGAAGAGAAAGUUCAGCCUUUACUGGAAGAAGAAGAAACACGUCGAGAAUUUAACAUACAUCAGUACGGUACUGAGCUCCUGGAGCAAUAUGAAGGCAUUGGACAGAAGAAGACUUUCGCUGAGUUGAUGGAAAAUGUAAGUGCGCAGUAUGAUAUCAGCCGUUACUGUUUAGCAUUAUUAAUGCUUGCAAAUACUGAAAAUAUUGAGGUGGAUUUUAACUAUGAAACUGAAUGCACAAACGAUGGUCGAGAUUUAGCGCUAAAAUUACUCAAAAAGGAACGUCAUCAUCAACAAUUUUCAAAGUCUCAUGUGCUUUCCGCUUAAGUACUAGGUGAAAUCUUUAUAAGAGUCCGAAUUUAAAAA